AUGGCGAGCAGCCGGAGCAUCGAGCUGGAGCACUUCGAGGAGCGGGACAAGAGGCAGCAGCGCGCCGGGCCGCGGCGCGGCGCAUCGGGCUCGAGCGGCGGCGCGGGGCCGCGGGGCAACGGGCUGAUCCCCAGCCCCGCGCACAGCGCCCACUGCAGCCUCUACCGCACGCGGACGCUGCAGGCGCUCAGCUCGGAGAAGAAAGCGCGCAAAGCUCGCUUCUACCGCAACGGGGACAAGUACUUCAAGGGCUUGGUGUAUGCCAUCUCCAGCGACCGCUUCCGCUCCUUCGACGCUCUCCUUGCCGAGCUCACCCGCUCCCUGUCGGACAACGUGAACCUGCCCCAGGGCGUCCGCACCAUCUACACCAUCGACGGCAGCAAGAAGCUCUCCAGCCUGGACGAGCUGCUGGAAGGUGAAAGUUAUGUUUGUGCAUCCAAUGAACCAUAUCGGAAAGUUGAUUAUACCAAGAAUGUCAAUCCAAACUGGUGUGUGAACAUAAGGACCGGGUCCACUCGAUCCCUGACAUCUUUGACAUCCACAAAGAGUGAAGUGAAGGAGAGUAAAGAUUUCAUUAAACCCAAAUUGGUGACUGUUAUUAGGAGUGGAGUAAAACCACGAAAAGCUGUAAGAAUUCUGCUGAAUAAGAAGACUGCUCACUCCUUUGAACAGGUCUUGACUGACAUCACAGAAGCCAUUAAGUUAGAUUCGGGUGUAGUCAAGAGGCUUUGUACACUGGAUGGAAAGCAGGUGACAUGCUUGCAGGACUUCUUUGGAGAUGAUGAUGUCUUCAUUGCAUGUGGCCCUGAAAAAUACCGGUAUGCUCAGGAUGACUUCGUUUUGGAUCACAGUGAGUGCCGUGUUAUGAAAUCGUCUUACUCCCGAUCAUCUGGCAUGAGGUAUUCAGGGUCCAAAAGUCCAGGACCUUCACGUCGAAGCAAAUCACCUGCAUCAGUUAAGAAGGGUGGCCACUACUCCAGUGCUCAUUCUUCAGCAAAAUCCCCAGUUAAUGGAACACCAAGCAGUCAAUUAUCCACUCCAAAAUCUACAAAGUCCUCCAGUUCUUCACCAACAAGCCCAGGCAGCUUUCGUGGACUCAAGAUCCCUCCUCAUGGUGGAUCAUCGUCCAAUGUGAAUGGUGUACCUGAAUCACUCCAUUGCCAGAGUCCUGAAGGUGUGAAUGGAAACAAGUGCUCAGGGUCAUCCACCAUUCUUGAGAAGUAUAAAGUCGGAAAGGUGAUUGGUGAUGGUAAUUUUGCUGUUGUGAAGGAGUGCAUAGAACGAUCCACAGGAAAGGAGUUUGCACUGAAGAUUAUAGACAAGGCUAAAUGCUGCGGAAAGGAACACCUGAUUGAAAAUGAAGUGUCUAUUCUACGUCGAGUGAAGCAUCCAAAUAUCAUUAUGCUGAUAGAGGAAAUGGACACUCCAACAGAACUCUAUCUGGUGAUGGAGCUGGUCAAGGGAGGAGAUCUAUUUGAUGCUAUCACUUCUUCUACAAAAUACACAGAGCGAGAUGGGAGUGCAAUGGUCUACAAUCUGGCCAGCGCACUCAAGUACCUUCAUGGUCUCAACAUUGUACACAGAGACAUCAAGCCAGAAAAUCUCCUGGUAUGUGAAUAUGCAGAUGGAACCAAAUCUUUGAAGCUAGGAGACUUUGGACUGGCAACUGUGGUUGAAGGACCUUUAUAUACCGUCUGUGGUACGCCCACAUAUGUGGCUCCAGAAAUCAUUGCAGAGACAGGAUACGGCUUAAAGGUGGAUAUUUGGGCUGCAGGUGUGAUCACAUACAUACUGUUAUGUGGAUUUCCACCUUUUCGCAGUGAAAGCAACCUUCAGGAAGACCUUUUUGAUCAGAUACUUGUGGGGAAGCUGGAAUUUCCUUCACCCUACUGGGAUAAUAUCACUGAUUCAGCAAAGGAGUUAAUUAGCCUGAUGCUACAUGUGAAUACCGAAGCCCGAUAUACAGCAGCACAGAUCUUAAGCCAUCCCUGGGUGUCAGAUGACACUUCCCCAGAGAAUAAUAUGCAAGCUGAAGUAACAGGUAAACUGAAGCAGCACUUUAACAACACCCUACCCAAGCAAAAUAAUACAUCUGCUGGGGUUUCUGUCAUCAUGAACACAGCUCUAGAUAAAGAGAGUCAGAUUUUCUGCAGCAAGCGCUGUCAGGACUCCGGUAGAGCUGGAAUGGAGAAAACUUCUGCAAUUACUGCUGCAGCUGCUGAUCCACACGCAGCCGGGUCCGAGACCCUACUCCCUGCUGCUUCUGAGCCAGUCAGAUCCCCCACGCUCCCCACCUCAGCGUCUCCUGAGUUUGCUGGGGAGCAGCCUGGUGUGUAGGACUGACUAAACCAAAUCCACCCGAACGUCCCUGUGCUCUUGCCACGGUUUCUCCUCAUUUCACAUGACAGUUUGUUUUCAGUUUUCUUGCACCCUCCUGUGGCGAGCCCAAAGCAGGCUCUGCCACAAGACACUGAACUUCAAAAGCGAGUGAGUAAAUGUGGUUUUUUUGAGUGCUCUUUGCCAUCAGCAGUAGGGAGAAAAGAUUCUGGUAAUGUUAGAUGAUUUUUAAGUUAUCUGUGUUAGUUUAAUUUCCUGCAUUCACACACUCUUGGGCUCUAAGUAGACUAACUUUAUGCGUAGCUAACCGCAAAGGCACCUGAGAUGAUGAAGGAUUGCCCAGCCUCACUUGUACAAGCGGGCCCCAUUGUGUUCUGAUGAGGGUUCUCAGAAAAGCAGGAGAGGAAGACAAGGAAAGAAAAGUUCCAUUCACCUUCUACUCUGAUGCCUCUAUUUUUAGGCAAGUGUCUACCAAACUUGAAGAGGCAUAUUUUCACAAAAAAUGAAAAAAUAAUAAAAAAAGUAGGGAACUAAUUGUAAAAUAUUGACAGGCAAACACUGGAAAUACAGGAAAGGGUGGUCAUUUUUUUGCAUAAAGUUUGUUAUCAGACUUGCAGACUGCAGGGUAGUGUUUAGCUAAUUUGAAUUUUAAUAAAGGGACUUGGGAUGUAAACACAAGCGCUGGUCAUUUAUUUGUAAUGAAGACCAGAGUCAAGGAAGCCUUUUUGUUCUAGCCAUUUUCUAUCCUAAUCACAGAUAUCACACCCUUCUCCAGUCAGUCUAUCUGUUAGAUACAAUACAAUGACUUUGGGCCUGCAAACAGAAUGCCUGCUGCAUGUUACCUAGCUAGGAUGGCCAGAGCAGUUUUUAGUUCUAGAGAGAGCUGACAGGAGCUACUCCAAGCAGCCGCCAUCAGUAGCUAGCAGCAGUCUGUCAGCACUAUUCCCUCCACUCACCUGGUGCAGGCACUGGCAACAUGGACUGGGAAGCAGACAUGCUUAAUCUGCAGUCACGGAUAGAGGAGGUUUUAUCUUUACCAUACUGCUUUGUUCAAUAUUAUAUGUAUUCAGCUUAUUCUUUUCCUUUGCUCGUUCUUUUCAAUUGGUCAUAGGUCAUUUUCUUUCUUAGCUAUACUUUCUACUAGAAUUGUAAACAAAGACCUGCAAUAAACUUUCUUCAUUAAAAAAAAAAAAAACAAACCAACAAAAAAACAGCUCUCAAUCAUUUAUUUCAUUGAGAAUUCAGUUAUCUUAUCUCUGAAGAGUCUGAACACUUGGGUGCCUAGCAAGAAG